AGGCGAGAUGCCGUGGCGUUGUGGACGGCCCGCCGCCCUUCGCUUCACCCUCAAUCCUUUCCUUUCUGUCGCGGCCAACUCCAGCCCACCACCACCACCACCUCGCUUUAUUCUCUAAGAACCCCCCCUCUCCCCUCCUCCUCCGUCCAUUGCAGCUUCUCGCUUCUCGAUCCUCCUCUUCCUACUCCCAUAGCCGGUUCCCCGUUGACAUCGUGAUCACCGCCGUUGUUCUUGAUACUGACAAGUUCUCUGCUCCGCCGUUAUUCCUCUCGUCGUCGCCGUCGUCGUCUGCGCCUAUAUAUAUGCGGUGUUGGAAUACCGGUGUUCUUAAGUAGAUGGCCUACCCGUCGAGGUCUUCUGAUCGGUGCAGCCACGGUAAUCGGAACUCUUUCGAGAGAAGAUCCAGCUUCAUGAAGUGGCUUUGCGCUUUCUUGAAGGGGACGAAGCCCGGGGAGCCGAACCGGCGGCAGCCUCGGGUGACGGCAGGAGAAGAGAGCACCCUCUGGGAACAAGAACCGCUCAGACCAAAGAGGGAAGAUCCACCCAGACAUGACAAUGAGGAAUUGGACCGUCAAAUUGCACUGUCUCUUGCAGAGGAUGCCAAGCAUCCUAAAGAACGAAACCAUAACAAGGGAGAGAAUGACGAAGACCUUGCCAAGGCCAUACAGGACAGUCUGAACAUGAAUCCUUACAUGCCUCACCAUCCCUAUGCCCCAUCUCAGGCCUUGCCUAGAGCACACAGGGUCUGUGGUGGUUGCAAGCAUGAGGUAGGGCAUGGCCAUUACUUGAGCUGCAUGGGAAUGUACUGGCAUCCUCAGUGCUUUCGUUGUUCUUCCUGUGGCCACCCUAUCCGCGAGACCGAGUUCACCUUGCUAGGUGCAGAACCAUACCACAAGUUGUGCUACAAGGAGCUACACCACCCAAAAUGUGAUGUCUGCCUUCAUUUUAUCGCCACAAACAGGACGGGCUUGAUAGAAUACAGAGCACAUCCAUUCUGGGGCCAGAAGUAUUGCCCUUCACAUGAGCUUGACCGCACACCUCGUUGCUGUAGCUGUGAGAAAAUGGAGCCAAGGAACACAAAGUAUAUGUCACUGGGAGACGGCCGCAGUCUGUGCAUGGAAUGCCUGGAUUCCGCUGUCAUGGACACCGGUGAAUGCCAGCCCCUGUACCAUUCUAUCAGGGACUACUACGAAGGAAUGAACAUGAAGCUAGACCAGCAGAUACCCAUGCUCCUGGUCGAACGGCAAGCGCUCAACGAAGCCAUGGAAGGAGAGUGCAGAGGUCCUCACCACAUGCCUGAAACCAGAGGCCUGUGUCUGUCGGAGGAGCAGACCGUGAGCAGUAUACUUAGGAGACCCAGGAUUGGUGGGAACAGGUUACUGGAUAUGAGAACUCAACCGCAGAAGCUGACUCGGAGAUGUGAAGUCACCGCAAUUCUUGUCUUGUAUGGCCUCCCCAGGCUACUAACUGGCUCCAUUCUUGCCCAUGAAUUGAUGCACGGGUGGUUGCGCCUCAAAGGUUACCGAAACCUAAAGCCAGAGGUUGAGGAGGGUAUAUGCCAAGUCAUGUCUUACUUGUGGCUAGAGGCGGAGAUCCUUCCAGCUGCUACAAGACACGCCCAUCCUUCAUCCUCUUAUGCUUCGUCUUCGUCGUCGUCCUCCCACUACCGGCCACCGUCGUCCAAAAAGGGUGGAAUAUCGCAUACCGAGAAGAAGCUCGGCGAGUUCUUCAUGCAUCAGAUCGCCAAUGACACCUCAGCGGCGUAUGGCGACGGUUUCAGAACUGCAUAUAAAGCUGUCAACCAGUAUGGCCUUCGCCAGACACUGAACCAUAUACGCUUAACCGGAGGUUUCCCCCUCUAAACACAAAGGAAAGGCCAUGUCCAUAUCGGGCGCAGAACUGCAGCAGAUCAUACGCAGAUGCAUAAAGAGAUCAUUGUGCUUACAGAAGAAAAGAAAAAGGAUUACAAUGACCUUGUGUUUUCAGAGGGGUCAUGUGGAAGUGAAUCAGAAAUGGAACUGCAUUUGCUUGAAGUAACAGGGUGUCAGGUGUAAUUAAUAAGAUGACAUGAGAAGCACCAAUGUAACUUGCAGUAUUGCCCAUACUAAUGUAAUGAGGUAUUUUAUAUAUGUGUAUGAGUGUAAAGUCCCGCACAUAAGCAAAUAUGACAAGGAGAAGUAUACUAAUUAAGAA